ACUCACUCCUGCUUAGAAGAUUAAAACACUCAGCAAGACACAACCCUCCCUUUCCUUCUCCGUCGCGAAUAAUUCAUAACAACAGCCAACACACACCUCGAUACUCUCUAGCCUCUCGUUUCCUCCGACGAAUGCCCCAGUUCCUCCUCUGCAAACUACCGUAGCUCAAAACUACCUCGAUCCUCGCAACACUCCUUUCUUGGCUGAGGCCUGUACACUCAGUUCGACCGAGAGGCGGCGGGCACAUAUAUAUGAUGACGGAACAGAUUCGACUCUGCUAAAAGUCGGUGCGCCGACAAAGGCUGGGGUUAAGUGGAGGCCUUCUCGUGGCCGUCCUAUUCAGUCAACAGGGAUGGCGGAAACUGCUGACAUGAGCCGCAAGCCUAUAGCUCUCGAAUCUGAGAAUCUAAGCAAGUCCGAUAAAAGCACUCAUUAUGAAACGACUUUGCCUGAUGGUGCAAUUAACGGGAGCCCAGGCCCAGCUGUGGAAACGGUCGAGCCUUCGAACGCAGUACCUUCGAACAGACCAAACCUAUCCGCAAGCGCAACCCCGAGAGACAGAUCUCCGGACAGGUUGACUCCGUUCUCUACAUCCUCCAAACAGACUGGUGCACUGAAGAAAUCGCUCGGCUCUGGUUUGAACCUCGCGCCUACCGAGACCGACGAGCAGGCACCGAUAGAGAGGGACGUUGCCGAAUCAGAUACCGCUCUCAAUGGUACCACGACUCCUACGGCGAGAAGAAAGAGUGUUCAGUUCUCGAGGGAGACACAAGAGAUAGGCAACCCUACAAGCGAUCAAACUACACCUCCGGUCAUCAUUGGCGACAACUCGGAGCAGGACAAACCUCAAUCUUUGUACGCCAGGUUAAGAGCGUUGGCAAUUCCUCAGGGCUUCAGUCACUCAAGAUCAGCAAGUGCUUUAUCACUUGGUGGCCGUUCGGCUGAUGGGAGGGAGACUGAAGGAUACCUGUCUGGACAAGCCUCCCGGAACGAGAGUGGCUUAGCUGCGACGUUGGAGGAGGACAGCGGUGCGGAAGCUGAUGCUGACAUCGAUGCGGAGGAAAGUGCUCCCGAAUUUGGUGCUCAGCGGCCGGCUGCUCGGAAGCGACGUCGACGUAUGCGACGUCUGGGUGAUGCUGUAACAGCCCCGUCGUCACCUCAUAUCCCUGUGCGCGCUGGUUCUACGAGUGCUCCGCUCAAUCCUGACAGCGACCGAUAUACGCAGAUGUUGUCUAGAAGGGCCACGGACACUGAGGUAUCGCCAGACCAGCAAGGGAUGUCCGAAGAUGAAGGCCGCAAACAUCUGGCCAUUGGAGGAGGGUGGACUCCUCGUCAUCCGCUGCGUGGACUUAGCUACGGCGGACAGAGGAGACCUGGUGACUCCUCGCCCGAGGCAAGUCGAAGGCCUCUGACACUUCUCAGUUUCGCCAAUAUCAGCUCGUCCAAGGACGCAAAUGAGAGCGAAGGUCAAACGCCCAAGACGCCGUCGCGUCGAAAAUUGAUGACCGAGCGAGGCUCGACCCUCAGUGCCCAGAAAUGGCGCCAACUCAAGAAUAGUCUUCGUCUUCUCGGCCAAAGCAAGAAAAAGGAACGCACUCCUGACCAUGAGAAAUCUGCAGAACUUUUGGCUGAGCUCACUGCUGGUGCACCUGCGGCAUUGAUGCUCGCGAGCAUGUUUCAACGAGAUGAACACGAUCACCGCAGAAUACCAGUGCUUUUAGAGCAGCUCAAGGUGCAAAUCACCGACAGUGAAGAUGCUAGCAACAAGAAGACUGGUGAUGAUAAGCACAUCAUAUUCAGAAUCGAACUCGAGUACGGCAAUGGCAUGAACAGAAUGAAAUGGGUUGUUAGGCGCUCUCUCUUUGAUUUUGUGAAACUACACUCGAGGUAUAAAGUAUCAAACCUCGGUGGCCGAGGUGGGCAAAAAUCAAAAUUGCCACCGUUCCCACGCAGUACUUUUCCUAUCCUGAAAGGUCUACGAUGGGCCCAGGAAUACUUGAAGGUUUUCGACGACGAGGUGGAAGAAGACGACGAGCCUAUAAACGACAAUGAAGCUGGCACUGAGACAGACAACGAGAGGCCGGCUACGAGACCACAGCUUCGACCUCGCUUGACUCUGAGCCGACGCAAGUCAAGCCUAGCUGGGCCAGGAGACGCUGCAGGUAAUGCUGAACGAGACAUACGAUAUGCCAACAAGCAACGAAAAAAGCUCGAACAGUAUUUACAGAACAUGAUCAAAUUCAUGCUCCUGCGGCCAGAUUGUAACCGGCUCUGUAAGUUUCUGGAGAUCUCAGCACUAGGCAUGCGACUUGCGGCCGAGGGAAGCUAUCAUGGCAAAGAAGGCUUGUUGAACAUACGAUCCGCCAAGGGGGUAGAUUUUAGGAAAGCCCUUACUCCCCAUGAAGUCUAUCGGAGACAUAGCGCGAAGUGGUUCAUGGUGCGACACAGCUAUGUGGUAUGCGUUGAUUCUCCAGAAGAAAUGCACAUCUACGACGUAUUCUUAUUCGAUUCCGAUUUCCGCAUACAGUCUUCAAAGCCGAGAAAAGGAGAGCAAAGGGGUGCGAGAGAACUUGCAGAAUUGAUUGGAGAGUCCGCAAAACAUCCACAGCAUCAUCGCCUUAAGCUGGUCAAUUCCGAGAGAAAGCUGAAGUUGUUGGCAAGAAACGACCGGUUACUGCAUCAAUUUGAAGAAUCGAUUCGGAAGAUGAUCACGACUUCGCCCUGGGUCAAAGAAAAUCGUUUCGAUAGCUUUGCACCAGUGAGGCCAAACUGUUUUGCCCAAUGGCUGGUGGAUGGACGAGAUCACAUGUGGGUUCUGUCAAGAGCUAUCAACCAGGCCAAGGAUGUCAUCUACAUCCAUGACUGGUGGUUGAGCCCAGAGCUUUACCUGAGACGGCCACCAGCUAUCAGCCAGAAAUGGCGUCUCGAUCGACUGUUGAAGAGAAAGGCCGAGGAAGGUGUCAAGAUUUUCGUCAUCGUUUAUCGAAAUAUUGAAUCCGCCAUACCGAUUGACUCACAAUAUACCAAAUUCUCUUUACUCGACCUUCACCCAAAUAUCUUUGUGCAGAGAUCUCCCAAUCAAUUCCGACAGAACACUUUCUUCUGGGCACAUCACGAAAAGCUUUGCAUCGUCGACCAUACCUUGGCAUUUGUUGGUGGCAUAGACUUGUGCUUUGGUAGAUGGGAUACUCCUCAGCAUACGCUCGUUGACGACAAACCUACUGGGUUUGAAUUGAGUGAUCAACCGAAGGACGUUGACCACUGUCAGUUGUGGCCAGGCAAGGACUAUUCCAACCCACGAAUCCAAGACUUUUACGCUCUUAAUAAACCAUACGAGGAAAUGUACGAUCGCACUAGGGUUGCUAGAAUGCCAUGGCACGACAUUUCUAUGCAGGUGGUUGGUCAACCUGCACGAGAUCUGACUCGACACUUUGUGCAAAGAUGGAACUAUAUUUUGAGGCAGCGAAAGCCCACGCGACCAACACCCUUCCUUCUACCUCCGCCAGACUUCAAGCCAGCAGACUUAGAAGCACUUGGGCUCGAUGGGACGUGCGAAGUUCAGAUUCUCCGCUCCGCUGGUCCUUGGUCGUUGGGCACGCCUGACAAGACCGAACACAGCAUCAUGAAUGCAUACACUAAACUUAUUGAGGAGUCUGAACAUUUCGUUUACAUUGAAAAUCAGUUUUUCAUCUCAAGUUGUGAGACAGAAGGUGCAACGGUCCACAAUAUGAUUGGAGAUGCACUCGUCGAACGUAUUACUCGAGCAGCGAAGAAUGAUGAAGCUUGGAAAGCUGUGAUUAUCAUUCCGUUAAUGCCAGGGUUUCAGAACACCGUUGAACAAGAGGGUGGUACAAGCGUGCGUUUGAUCAUGCAGUACCAAUAUCGCAGCAUUUGCCGCGGAGAAUCUUCAAUCUUCGGACGCCUAAGAUCUGCUGGGGUAGAACCAGAGGACUACAUUCAGUUCUAUAGUCUGCGCCAGUGGGGCCGAAUUGGAUCUCGCAAGACGCUCGUUACUGAACAACUUUACAUCCAUGCAAAAUGUAUGGUUGUUGAUGAUAGGAUUGCUCUGAUUGGAUCCGCAAAUAUCAACGAGCGGUCAAUGCUGGGGAAUCGAGACUCUGAAUGUGCAGCUGUCGUUCGAGAUACAGAUAUGGUCUGGUCGAGAAUGAAUGGCCGACCAUAUCAAGUUGGCCGUUUUCCUCACACCUUGCGUAUGCGGCUGAUGCGUGAACAUCUUGGUCUUGAUGUAGACAAGAUCAUGGAAGAAGCUCAAGCGAUGGAAGCACAGCAGAGCAAAUCCGAUGAACUUGGGAAAAGCGCCGAAACUCAGUCCCCUAAUGACACACUUGCGAGCCCGGCCUCGGAGCGGAACGAUAUAGUUAGUCCGCUAGAUGGAGCACUGGAUGUACGUGAGAUGCGAGAAGAGCUACUGCAACGAUCAGAGGAUCUGAUGAGUUUCAAUCACGAUGUCGAUUGGGAGCAAGCAGACAACCCCAACCUGAAAAGUAAUCGCAAGCUGACAGAAGACUCGAGAGUGACUGGCAAUGCCCAGCAUAGAAUGGAUGUUGAAGGCAAAGGCUUUGAUCAUAUGGAAGAACUUGAUACUGAAGGAUAUGGAGUGGGCAGAGAUACUGUGAUGGUCAAAGGAAAUAAGGAAGUUUUGGUAUCCCAUCUCAACCCAGAAGGCAAGAAGACUCUCCAAAAGCCAAGAUUACAUGGCGAGGAAUUUCGCAGGCCAUCAUAUGUGGUCAAAAUGGAAACGCCAAAUCCUCCACUGCCUCCCAGACCGUCAGCGGUGCGGAUGAACACAGAACAACUUGGUCUAACAAUGUUGUCACAAUUACCUGCGUUACCGCAAGAGGAUGACACCGAUAUCGGCGGACCACCUCUUGCAAAGACAGUCUCAAAAGAUUCUGCGCAUGGUCGUCAUCCAUUGAUGGCUGAUUUGAGACGCCCAAUUCUCGAUCGUGAUUGCAUGAUGGACCCUGUACAUGAUGCUUUUCUGUACGAUACUUGGCAUGCUGUUGCCGAGAACAACACAAAAAUCUAUCGGAGCGUCUUCCGAUGCAUGCCCGAUAAUCAAGUUCGGAAUUGGGAUGAUUACCACCAGUACGUUGCGUAUGGGCACAGAUUCGACCAGCUCCAGGGAAACGAUGUUCCGGCUGAGGAUAUGAUCCCACAUCCGCAUCGGUCAGGCUCAGGAGCAGAAUCGAGGACGGGGCCCCCAGGUGCGGGUAUCAAUACCAAGACUCCUGGUGCACAGCAGAUCAAAGCACUCACUGAUGUGCCAAAGGAUCUUGAGAAGAAGACAAGCGACCUGAAAGACAAAGUCAAGGAGGCAGUUGGUGAAAAGACCAAGCUGGAUAAAAGAAAUUCGGAGAAAGCCGAGCUCCGUGAAUGGGCGGCGCAAGCAAAUGACGCUCAAGCCCAGAGGCAAAACAAGCCCACACUCCAUAGGCAGGAGACGUUGACAGAGGAGAAACUUGGACUGCCUACAGUCCCUGAAGGGUUUACAUUCAACGAUGAAGGCAGUGGUGACGGCGAGGAAGAUAGCAUGGGCACCGAUAUGGCGAACGGCACUUCAAGCACGGCGACCGCCGUCGACAAAGAGAAGUCUUCUACAAACGGGACACCACCAACCUCCAAUGGUCCAUUCGUCGGAUACUCGGAUGCGGUGAAUCAAAAUGCUACGUCGGCCACCGGGACUGGUACGACUCGCAGACGACGAAGAGCUACUACUAGGUCUAGUAGGCGUGACUUUAGUGCUAGUGACGAUAUGCUCAGCAUUGAGGAAGCAGAGGACUUGCUUGGUUAUGUGCAAGGGCAUCUGGUUGUUUGGCCUUAUGAUUGGCUCGAAAAGGUUGAAGCUGGAAGCAACUGGCUAUUUCCAUUUGAUCAAAUCAGCCCGAUCGAAAUCUAUAUCUGAGUGUCCACGAUAUAUCGACUUACAGCGUUAUGAUGGGACGCACGGAAACAUCGAGUCAUUCUAUACAUGCACCAUCUUUCACAUGAAGUCGAGGUCCAAUUCUCUUUCCGUCACAUUUGCAUAUUCAUUCGUUACAGAGUUGAGCCAGACAACAGGCCUUUGCAGAGGGGAGCUUUGAAGCGGUUGGUGAUCACAGCGGCAGCUAGAACAGAAAAGGGUUGGUGGACAGUGGGAAGGAGGACAAUAAACCGGCUGGUGUUGUGGUGGAUUUCCCUUUUCCCUUUCCUAUUGGUUUUUCUUUUUCGUUCGUCUUGCUUAUCACGGCCGAGCAACGAGCGUGAGCAUAACGUAUGCAUUAUUAACUGUCGUUGGCCAUUUUUAUUGUAUCAGCAUCAGCGUGUGUUGGAUUUCUGGCUGGGUUCUUUUACCUUUAUAAGUGUUGGAGCAGGUUCAAAGCACAAUCAUUUUGCUUGCUCAAGAUCUGCAGACGCCGGAGUACGUUAGGGAGGUAGUUGAGAUCAUGCAUGAGGGUCUCAAGAGUCAGACUUAAAUAUACACAAAAUGGUAUUACUACAAGUGUUACAUGGUA